AUGGAUAAUUCCAUCAAUAAUGACGGUCAAUUUCCACCGAGUACAAACAACAAAAGCAACGGAAGACAAUCAUGCACAAUAUCACCGACGAAUAAUUGUAAUAACAUCCAAAGAUUAUCAUGUAGCGUGUCACCGACGACCAACUAUAAUAACACCCAAAGAUUAUCAUGCACAGUGUCACCGACGUCCAAAAACAGGCCACCGACGACCAAUAACAAUAACAGUCAAUUAACAGAAAUAUUAAAUGUUUUGCGCAAAUUAGAAGGACAUAUCACAGUAUUAAAUUCGAAAGUUGACCGCCUCACUGUUGAGGUUAUUUCCAUAAGAAGUGAGGUUUCGACAAUUAAAACAAAAGUAUAUGGGGAUGUAUGCUAUAGUGAGUUUGUUGUUCCACAGAGACCCUUCGAGACUAUCCAACAGUACAACGAAUUUACCAGCAAGUUGGAAAACGAAGAGACUUUUAAACAAUUUGUUAAAGAACUUUCCUUUUCGUCAGAAAAAUCUUUUGAUAAAUUUAUUCGUAGCUGCUGGAAAAAGAUGUUUUCCGACAACCUUGCGGAGCAGUUUUCGUGGAGAGGAACAAACACUAAGCAAUGCAUUCGUGGAUGUCGUAUAACUUUGGCUAUUCGACAUGCUUUUAAGAAUAAAGACGAGGAUUAUGAUAAAAUAACACAGAAGCAUUUCCAAUACGCCCACGAUAGGCUAACGAAAUGUUCCAAAUACGUUUCCAAAAAAAAACUAAACAUGACAAUGAGCAGCUACCACCUUAAUAGUUUACUAUUUAUAAACAAAUUUUAUUAAACUAACAUUAUUUUUCAAUGAAUUUAUGUAUGUAUUAAUU